ACGCGGACACUGGGGAGACGGGCUGGGGAAUAGAGACUAUUCAGUGGGGAAAACGGGGAUCUAAGGAGAUCCUAAAUGAUCACAUCACGGGGGCCCUGAUCUUAUAGGAGGACGUAGUGAUCCCACUCAGUAAGUGCCAGGCUGGGAUAGAUCCACAGAGAUCUGGAGGAAGGAGCCUUCUUAUCGAUAUAAGGGGAUCAGAAUGGCGGAAAUGGAUCCUGAGAUGCUGGCUUCCAUUAUUUUCUACUGUAAUGAUAAAUACUACCAGCACAUGCAACAUGUAACAAGAGAAGGCCUACAGAAGUAUCACAAUGACCCAGUGCUUUUAUUUUUCAAUGCUUAUAGCAUCUUGAUGGAAGAUCGUUUGCAGGAAGCUAUCCGAGAGCUGGAGUCCAUCAAGGAUGUCCCCGAGGUCUCGAUAUGUGCCAUCAUGUUACUUCUGUAUGCACACAAAAAAAGUGAAGUGGUUGACCGUGAUGCUGUUUCUGAGUUAGAGGCAAAAUUAAAAGAAACUCGCAGAUCAGCCGGACCUAAGGCAUUGUACUACGCAGGCUUACUUCUGUGGCUGCUUGGAAGAAGUGAUAAGGCCCAGGAGUACGUAGACAGGAUGCUGAAAAUGUCCAAUAUGUCUGGGGAGGGCUUGGUGUUGAAAGGAUGGCUGAAUCUAGCUCCUGGGCCAUCUAUUGCAAAAUGUCUUAAAUAUUUUGAGGAAGGGACUAAAGGCAAUAAAGAUUUAUUUGGGAUUAUUGGAAAGGCAGAAUGUCUGAUGAUGCAGAAGAAUUAUUCUGGAGCACUGGAUGUGAUCAACCAAACUAUUAUUAGUUUUCCCAAAUUCAAAGCCGCGCUUACCUUAAAGAUGGAAUAUGUUCUAGCCAUGCAGGAUUGGGAUCAAAGCCUGGAAAUAGCACAGCGACUCCUAACAAUACAGAGGAAUAACAUUGAUGCUCUUCAGAUGAUGGCCAUUUAUUGUCUCACAAGAGAAGGCAAUGUACCCAAGGCACUUAACCAUGUGAAAGAAUUGAUCAGCGCUCUUGAGACAAUGGAACCUCGGAACCCAGCUCUACAUUUCCAGAAGCUCCUUGUAAUUUACAAUUUGUGCGGGAGGAACAGAUUAAUCCUACAAGAGAUCUUUGGCUUCUGUGAGCGCACAUACAGGAUUUCUCAUGCGCAGGCAGAGCUGGCUACAGAACUGGGCCGUCAGCUGAUGUAUCAAGGCAACGUGACGAAAGCGGCUAGCUGGUAUUCCGCAGCCAUGAAAAUAGACGGGAAUCAUGUAGAAGCUCUCAUAGGAAUUAUAUGGUGCCAGAUACUACAAGAUAACCUGGAAGAAGCGGAACAGCAACUUGAAUUCCUACGUGAAGUACAACAGUCCCUGGAAAAAUCAAAGGAACUUUGCUUUGUGGAGGCACUUUUUGCUUCAAAGAGGGGUAAAGAGGAGAAAUUAGUGGUGGAUUAUCUAAAAGAAGCAGUGGAAAUGCACUUUGCAGCAAUACAUGGCCUCCCUCUCGGAGUGGAAUAUUUAGAAAAGCUGAAUCCUAUUUUUAUUGUUAACAUUGUCAAAGAGUACUUGGCAUAUUGUCCGAAACAGCCAACAGGCCCCAGCCAGUCUGCUUCACCCAUCCUGGAAAAGGCUGCUACUAUCCUGGCACCGGUGAUCACAGUAGCACCCUGUUUGCCAGAGCCGCUGUAUUACAUGUCGCAAGUCAUAUAUUUGUCAGGAAACUUUGAUGGAGCACAAGGGACCUUGCAGCGAUGCAUUGAGCUGAACCCCGAGUGGUCUGACGCCCACCUUCUAAUGGCACAGAUACAUUUGUCCCAAGGACAAUAUACAGAAUGCUCACAGUCUCUAGAGACAGGAGUCAGCCACAAUUUUAAGAUGAGAGAACAUCCAGUUUAUCAUCUGAUGAAGGCAAGAGUCUUAAAACAAACAGGAAACGUAUCAGAAGCCAUCCAGAUGUUAAGGAUGUGUAUGAACCUGCCUGAAAUGAAGAGAGGAGCGGGCUCAAGAGAAAAAGCAGACACCCUCAGCAUCAGUGAACGGGUCUCUGUUUACCUAGAACUCGCAGAACUUCUUCGUCUAAAUGGAGAACAGCAUGAAGCUACAAAAAUCAUACAAGAUGCCAUCCAUGCUUUCCGGGGUACCCCAGAAGAAAUUCGGAUUGUUGUGGCCAAUGCCGAUAUGUGUCUCAGCAAAGGCGAUGUGGAAAUGGCAUUAAGUAUGCUGAGAGACGUCAAGCCCAACCAGCCCUAUUACACUGAGGUGAAGAAAAAGAUGGCCGACAUCUAUCUCAAAGUUCGAAUGGAUAAGAAAUUAUACAUUGGUUGCUAUAGAGAGCUGAGCGAACAGCUGCCUGGUGCACACACAAGUCUUCUCCUGGGAGAUGCCUACAUGAAUAUUCAAGAGCCAGAGAAAGCUUUGGAGGUGUACGACCAAGCACAACGGAAGAAGCCAAAUGAUGCAACUCUGGCGAAAAGAGUUGGCCUAUCUCUUGUCAAAACCCAUCAAUAUAAAAAGGCUAUAAACUAUUAUGAAGCGGCUCUGAAGAUGAGUCCCGAGGAUUUCUUAUAUAGUGAUCUUGCAGAACUUUUCAUUAAAAUCAAAAAUUACAGCAAGGCUGAAAGUCUUCUCCAGCACGUCCUGGACCAUGGACCAGUUACUGAUUUGCCUUCUAUGGUUAAUGAUGUCAAGUUCCUUAUGCUACUUGGACAAACGUAUAAAAACUCCAAAAAGGAAUUGUUGGCCGAAACUUUAAGCAAGGCCCUGGAUAUCCAGACUAGGAUACUGAAGCGUGUUCCCCUUGAGCAGCCAGAUAUGAACACAAGGCAGCAACAAGUAGCCUCUAAGAUUAUGGUGCAGCUUGCUGACUAUUACUUAGAGGAGAAGGAUUACCCAAACGCUCUAAAAUACUACAAGGAAGCUAUAUCCUACUCUGACGUAGAUAACAAGGUAUUGCUGAAGAUGACCCAUCUUUUUAUAAUAAUGGAGGACCUGGAUUCCUGUGAAGCACAAUGUAAAGAGCUCCUUCAGGACCCAAGAUAUAAGGAUGAAGCUACAAUGGUGAUGGCAGACAUCAUGUUUCAGAAACAGGAAUAUGACAAGGCAAUAGAAUAUUUUCACCAGGUUCUAAAAAAAACGCCAGAUAACUUUACAGUACUGAGUAAAUUUAUUGAUCUUCUAAGAAGGAGUGGGAAACUUAAAGAAGGACAGCAGUUCUUUGAUAUGGCAUUAGAACAGUCUUCACGAACUACUCUUGAUCCCGGAUAUAAUUUCUGUAAAGGCCUUUACUGCUGGCACAUAGGACAGCCAAAUGAGGCUCUGAAAUUUUUUAACAAGGCUCGCAAAGACAAUGACUGGGGUCAAAGAGCCAUCACCAAUAUGAUCCAGAUCUGUCUGAAUCCAGACAAUGAGAUUGUCGGUGGGGAGGUGUUUGACAGCUCGGAAGAAAAUAACAGUCUUAUAGGGGAAAAGCGGGAUUCAGAGAAGUUGGGAAUUCGGACAGCAGAGAAGUUGCUGAAGGAGUUUCACCCCCGCACUGCACAUGGACAGAACCAGCUAACUAUGCUGCAGUGUCAUUGCCUUAUGGCCACCAGGGACAAAGCCAACAUGGAAACUGCACUAAGUACAUUAACAGAAAUGGCUGCCACUGAGAAAGAGAAUGUCUCGGUGCUCUUGGCAAUAGCUCAAGCUUACAUGAUUCUCAAGCAAACUCCCCGAGCAAGAAACCAGCUAAAGAGGUUGUCCAAAGCUCACUGGACCCUGGAAGACGCCGAAGAUCUUGAAAAGAGUUGGUUGCUGCUCGCUGACAUUUAUAUCAAAUCAGGAAAAUAUGACAUAGCAACAGAUUUACUAAAGCGCUGUCUUAAAUACAAUAAGUCUUGCUGUAAAGCUUAUGAAUAUCUCGGCUUCAUUAUGGAGAAGGAACAGUCUUAUAAAGAUGCGGCUGAGAGCUACAAACUAGCCUGGGAAUAUAGUAGUCAGUCCAGCCCAGCUGUAGGUUUUAGGCUCGCGUUCAACUAUCUGAAGGAUAAGAAGUAUGCAGAUGCCAUAGAUAUCUGCCAUAAGGUACUUAACGCUCACCCCACAUAUCCCAAAAUGAAAAAAGAAAUUCUGGAAAAAGCUCAGGUCAAUCUGAAGCCAUAGGAGCGAGUCUGAUGUCACUUCUGUCCUAUAUGUUCUGUUACUACAGUGUUCUUUUUUUAUAUUUAUGUUACCAAAGAACUGAUCUUUAUAAUAAACAAUUGA